AUAAGUAAAUAACAGAAGCAUAAUGCGCCUGACCUAAUGUUAUUAUCAGGGAACAUCUCUCUGAAUCAUGCCCGGUGAGAGCAGUGCCACACCCUCGGGCAUCGUUACCGCAGCAGCACCGGUACCGGGUGCUCUGGGUUGGUGUUGGUGGGUGGGUGUGAUCAUGUGACGCCUUCAUUUCCGAGACAACAAUACCACACCGAAUCGGUCUGCAUCGUCUCUCCCGCUCUCUCUCUCUCUCUCUCCCUCCUUACCUGCGCCUCGCUCUCGGUAUGGCGGACGGCGAGAGGUCCCCGUUGCUCUCAGAUUUGGGGGAUGGUGCUCUUGGCAGCGGUAACGGCGGGGUUUCUCCCGGCGCUGGGUCCUACAGUGUGCCCAACAAACCAGAGGGUUUUCCCCCUUUCCCCAGUGCCAGUCAGCCCUCGGUACUUCUAGGGGAGGACCCUCCACCCUACUCCCCACUCGCCUCCCCGGAGAGCGGAAAUGCCCCUGUUAUCAGCUGCAGGGUGUGUCAGAGCCUCAUCUCUGUGGAGGGGAAGAUCCACCAGCACGUGGUGAAGUGUGGAGUUUGCAAUGAAGCUACGGUGAGUUACUCCAAAAGAGUGUACAGCUAAAUAUGCAAAAAAAAAACUUGGACAUA